AUGUACACUCUACGACCUCUCAAUAACAUUAUAUCUGAAAAGUACAAGCAAAUCGGGAGACCGAGAAAAAUGAAACUAUGGACUGAGCAGUGGAAAGAUGGCGAACUGGUUAUGCCAAUGAAGCCAAAAGAGGAACUCAUAGGAGAUUUCAUCGUUCUCGGUGACUUUGGUCUAGCUCACAAAGCUGGUACAUCGACUCAGAAGAUGCAAUCACCUCCUACAUACUGCGCUCCUGAGCGGGUACAUAACAUCAACCCGUCUUAUGGCUCUGAUAUUUGGAGUUACAUGUGCAUCUUCUUCGAACUGUAUACAGGAACGUAUCUAUUCCAAGGUUGGAGUCAUGCAUCAGUGGUUUCAUCCAUUGUUCUUGCCCUUGGUCCCCUUCCAGAGUCUUGGAAGGGAACAUACCACGUCGGUGGCUCGGGUGAGGAUAAAUGGUAUGACCAGAAUUGGCAAAUGGAUCCAGAGUCUUAUCUGAAGGAGAGGAUCACUCAGCUUCGUCCUGAUGUUGGCGCAAGGGAGUUGGAGCUGGUAUUGUCGAUACUACGAAGGGGACUUGUCUACCAACACGAGAACCGAAUCACAGCAGCGGAGCUUCUGGACCACGACUCAUUCAAAGGACUCAUGUGCAUGUAUGCACAGUAA